UAAUUUACCUGAUGAAAAUAUUACUCAAAUAGCCAAACCUGCUUUGUCGAAUUCAAACCCUUCAUAUCUUUCUCAAUUUAUUACAUCAGAAAUUUCUCAACCACUAUCUUUAUCACUACCUCUAUCAUUUAUUCUAGAAGAGUUUUUGAAUUAUUCUACAACUGUUGAUUAA